AGGCAGUAAUAGUGCAUUGAUGUGAUUUCAAUCAAUAUUGAAACGGACUUUCGUUAUAUUUUAAAAAUCUUUAAAGAAUACGUUCACAAUUUUUCAGUCAGGUGUUAAAAAUGGAGGGGAAAGGGGGAAAUAAAUAAUAUGCAGAAGAGGUUGAAGGGACUGGUUAAAUGGCAGGUCUUAGUCCUAUUCCCUGUGGAACCCACCCGCCAGAUCCCCUUUGUUCCCUGCAGCCACUGUAACUCAAGCCCCGGGACGGAGCGGCCUUGUUCUUCCUUCUUCCAGCCACCGGUUGGUUCUGAGUUGGUGGUUGACCGUUGAGCCCUGGAGAUUCCAUGGCAGUUUUCAGUUGCUGAAGAAGACUAGACCAAGACCAGGGACCUGAGCCUGACACCCAGCUCCCCGAAGCCUUCCCCGAAUGGAGCCACACCAUGUGCUCUCCCUCAGCCUUCCCCAGAGAUCAGUCCCAAGGUGUCUGCCCUCACCCUCUCCCCACUUUCUCCCUCAGCUCUUCUCAGACGCCCCUCUGAGCUUCCUCAGGCUCACUCCUGAGGCACCAUUUUCAUACCAUCUCAGAACCUUCAGCCAGAGCCAGCCAAGUUCUCAGUCUUGAAACUCACAGGCCAGGACCUUCCCCUGAGGGGCUCUUCUCUUGGUCUGCUCAGGAUGUCACCGGGAGGAGGAGAACCGAGUACCAGGGAGGGCAGACGCGGCAGCAGCGGGACCAGCCAUGCCACAAAACCAGCCAUGGGCACCGGGAGGAGGAGAAACAAGCGGGAACUGGGGAGGGCAGAGGCGGCAGUGACGAAGGAGAACAAGCGGGAACCGGCGAGUGGGGCCCAUGGGGGUGGUGGCCGCGGCAGGGCAACAGUUGGUGGUUGCGGGGCCGGCCCGGCAGCAGAACGGCAGCCCGCAGUGGGCCCCGAUACCAGGAGCUGAAGGUGGGAAUGGGUGGAGCAGUGGCUGUCCAGCAGCCGCCCGCAACGACAAACAAGCAGCGGCAGCGGCCACAGCAGGCCGCGUGGCAUGGUGGGCCCGCCGCGGCCGGCAUUGGACCCAGUUGCCUCCUCCUGCUGCUUCUUCGCCGCCGCUUCCAAAGUAAACUGUUUGCCGCCCGGGAGGAGGAGCGGCGGGCCAGUCCAAUGGCACAUCGCAAUGGCACAGUAGUGAGCGAGUUUCUCCUCCUGGGCUUCACUUCCCGCCGUGACCUUCAGCUCCUUCUCUUUACCUUCUUCCUGCUGAUCUAUCUCCUUGGCCUGGUAGGAAACCUGUGCCUGGCAAUCCUCAUCAGGGUUGAACGGCCUUUGCACAUUCCUAUGUACUACUUCCUGAGCCAUCUGGCCCUGAUGGACUUGUGUUCCUGCUGCACCGUGGCCCCCAAGAUGCUGCUGGGCCUCUGGAAAGGACAUGACACCAUUUCCAUCCCAGCCUGUGCUCUCCAGAUGUUCUUCUUUGCAGCCGCUUCUGAUGCCGAGUGUUGCCUCCUGGCUGCCAUGGCUUAUGAUCGCUUCGCAGCUAUCUGCCGCCCACUUCACUAUGGAGCUGCCAUGCCUCAGCACCUUUGUCGCCUCCUGGUAGCAGUGUCGUACUUAGCAGGUGCAGCUUCUGGAGCCAUCCACUCAAGCAUGGCAUUCUGCCUGCCUUUCUGUGGUGCCAACACUUUGGACCACUUCUUUUGUGACAUUCCUCCAGUGCUAGCUUUGGCCUGUGCCAGUACAGAUCUUAAUCAGCUCCUGCUGUUGACCGUGUGUGGGGCGAUCCAGAGCUUCACUCUGGUAGCCAUUAUGGCUUCCUAUGGCAUGAUCCUCUGUACAGUAGGGCAAACAGGAUCAUGGCGAGCCAUAUCUACUUGUGGCUCCCACCUCACUGCUGUAGGGGUGCUAUACAGCACCCUCAUUUUCAUGUACCUACGGCCCGAGAACACAUAUGCCUCCCAGACUGACAAAAUGGCCUCUGUCUUCUACACAGUGGUUAUCCCUACCCUCAAUCCUGCCAUCUAUAGCCUCCGUAACACUGAAGUGAAGCAUGCCAUCAAGAGGUGGCUAAGUAAAAGGGGGCAACAAACACGCUGCUUCUGAGUAGACUUUGAAAUAAAGGGAGUAAGAAUCAGAAAGAAUCUUGCAAAGUCACUUUAAAAAUCAGUAUUGUUGAUACUGAUGUGCUCCAUGAUGUUUUCUUCCAUCUGUCUCCAUUUUAAUCUCACUUUAUUCCUUGCUCAAGUCUCCCUCCCCACAGG